AUGCAAGAUAUCACGAGGCUUGUUCCUCCAUCUGUUCGCUGUUCCUCCAUCUAUUUACUGUUCCUCCGUCCAUUCGCCGUUCCUUUGAUGAUCCUUCAGUCAUUUGCUGCUUCCUCUAUCUAUUUUGAUGUAGUUGCGUCCAUUUGCUGUUCCACCGUCAAUUUGCUGUUCCCCCACAUAUUUGCUGUUCUGCUACAUAUUUACCGUUCCUCCAUCUAUUUCCUGUUCCUCCAUCUAUUUGUUGUUACUCCGUCCAUUUGCUUCCCUACAUCUAUACCUUUCCUGUGCCUCCACAUAUGUGCUGUCCCAUCCGUCCAUUUGCUGUUCCUCCAUCUAUUUGCAACAUUUGCUGCUUCCUCCAUCUAUUUUGAUGUAUUUGCGUAUAUUUGCUGUUCCACCGUCAAUUUGCUGUUCCUCCACACAUUUGGUGUUCCUCCAUCUAUUCGCUGUUCCUCCGUAUAUGUGCUGUACCUCCAUCUAUUUGCUGUCCAUCUGCCCAUUUACCCUCUAUAUGAUGCUUCUUUCAUAUAUUUACUCUUCCUCCAUCUCCUUGCUAUUCCUUUGUCCAUUGGCUGUUGUUCCGUCCAUUUGCUGUUCCUCCAACCAUUUUAA